CAGUUUUUCUCACCGAGUCUUCAUUUUGCCUCUAAAGGCUGGCUGUUCAUCAAAAAUCUUGAGUUUGUGUGCCUGGAAAAGUGUUGGAUAUGGCUUAUGCUGCUCUACUUUCACUUACUCAAACACUAGAACAGAUCCUGGGUUCUGGAGAUGAAAUUCGAAUAUUUCAUGACGAGAAACAGAUCAAAUCUUUCCAUGAAAAUCUUUGCUUCUUGCUAUCAUUUCUGGAAGAUUCUUCACCCGGAAAUACUAAAUCAAUGACAUGUUUGGAAGCAAGAAUCAGAGAUGCAACGUAUGAAGCAGAGGACAUAAUUGAAUUGCAUAUGUCAAAAGAGAUUCAUUCAGAUGGCUUACAGAAGGUAAUAAAAGAGAUUGAUUCCGUUUUGGUAGAUGUGGAGAAGAUGAUGGGCAUGAAAGACAUAGAAGGUUCAUCAAAGUCCAGUUCCAGUAACAAGAGUACUGUAGUGGGAUUUGAUAAUGAUUCGAUGCAAAUUACGGAUCCGCUCAGUGGACCACCUCCUGAAUCUAAAAGCACCUCAGUUGUUGGAAUUGAAGACACUGAAGAGGUGUUGAAUGCUAAUGACCGAAAUGACGUACUAGAUCUGCAACCAAGGAACUCUUUGCAUGCCACUUCAUCAAAAUCUGCUUCCACUAACAAGAAUUCCAUGGUGGGAUUCAAAGAUGACUUGCUCCAAAUUAAGGAAGAACUGGUUGGGCAACCCUCUAGGUUGAAAUUCAUUUCAAUCGUUGGGAUGGGAGGCAUUGGCAAGACAACACUUGCUAGUAAUAUUUACAAUGAUUCAUAUAUUAAGGAGCACUUCUACAUUCGGGCUUGGACAACUCCAUCUCAGGAAUAUCGUGUGCAAGAACUGCUUGUACACCUUCUAAAAUCCAUGGGAGACCUCACUAAAGAAAUGAUUCGAAGGGAAACAGAUGAAUUGAAAACACUAGUAUAUCAACGUUUGAAGGGCAAUAGAUAUCUCAUUGUUAUGGAUGAUGUGUGGGAUGCCAAAGUCUUAGAUGAAUUUAGAAGGAUAUUCCCGGAUGACUGUAAUGGAAGUCGGAUAAUUUUGACAUCUCGCCUAUCCAGUGUCAUUGUUAAUGCCGACUCUUCUGCCUAUAUUCACCAUGUGAGUUUUCUAAGUCCCAAACAAAGCUUGAGUCUUCUGUGCUAGAAGGCCUUUGGGAACGAAUGCUGU